GUGCCGCGCUUUGUGGGGUUGUGUUUCAAACUGUCAAUAAAGUAAAAAAAAAUUUAAAAUAUAUUUAAGUGUUUACGUUGUUUCUGAAAUUAUAGCAGGAAAUGAUUAAAUCAACUAGAGUCAAGAAAGAAUUAGAAAGGAUAACCAGGCAUCCACCGUUUGGUGUUUCGUGUUGGUUGAAAGAUGAAUCAAACUUGGAUAUCCUUGAUGCUUGUAGGUUAUAAUUCUUGUUUGGUCUUUAUAAUAUUUUUGGUAAUGUCAAGGAGAAAGCAAACAUAAAUCCGCUAUUGUGUCUACUAGGUUAUGAUUAUAUUAUAAUCAUUUUGUAAAAUGGUAUUGUAAAAUAUUAGAAGGUUUUUUGGUAAUUUAAUGGUUGAAGGGUUGGUUAGGUUAGUUACAUUUUAAACAAAAUCUUGAUAAUGGUUUGGUAGGGACAUUUAAAUACUGUUUAUAAUGCGUGCAGUUUGUUAUUCCUAACCAUCAUUAACACAUACUACAGUAUUUAAAUGUAAAUGUAGAUCACUGGCUUUCGUAAACAUUGUCUGAAGUUCCUUGGCUUCUGGGUGUUAGCUGUGUCAAAGGUGAAGAUUUCUCCGACUUUGCAGUCGCCAUCAGGUUCUUGUCGCUGAUCCAUUAUAUUGACAUCCGUGGUAUUUUCAAUUUGCAUAACAUGCUUUGUGCAUUUUAUUUCAAGAUGCACCACAUACUUAAAUAGAAUCACUUAUACCAGGUGCGUAGGAAGCAAAUAUUUAAUGGGGGGGCAAAGGAGAGUUUCAUAAUAAGUGGUGGAUUUAACAAAGGGGGUGUCCGGGGGCUCUCCCCCGGUAGAAAAAAAAAUGUAUUUUAAGGAGCCGAAUGGUGCUAUUUAAGCAUCUUUCGUAAAUAAAAAUGCAACGAGCGGAAACAUUUACUGGUCUUAUAUCCCACAAUAAUAUUUCCGCUAUCAGCACUGUGAAACGUGAAUAUUUAGAAGAAAACAAGAACAGUUGCCGCGCCGUAUUUAUUGUGCCUGUACACUUAUCGAAAAGUCUCAAUUUAUUUUAAGGAUAAAGUAAUGCACAGACAAGAAAAUCCCACAAAACCAUUUAGCAUUGCAAUGAAGACAAUGUCUCUUGUUCAUCUGAUGCAAUGGCCGGGCAAAACCAUCACUUUGCCUGACCAUGAAAUGUUAUGUCCGGGCAGUCGCCUGGGUCGCCCCCCUGGUUCCUACGCUCCUGACUUGUACCAUCGGGUGGGAUGCGUGUCUUUUGUGAUAAUUUGGUACAAGGGCAUGAUGUGUACCUUAUGGUUUAGUUUGUAGUGUAAUGCUAAUUUAUGAAUAUUGUAAUACCCCAAGGGUCUUAAAGAAUUAUUCAAUAAGUAGAUAAAAAGAUUUGGAUAAACUCAAUACUGGGGCCCUCAAUUAAUAGCUAUUAAAAGUCAACAUCAGAGGCAACAUUAGGAGUAAACAAAGCAAAUUUAGAGACUCCCUACGAACACUAGGGAGAAAAAGGGAUCGUUAUUAUAGAUCAAUUAAAUAAAAACAGUUACGUCUAUAGACUUCCUUAUUUUAUUAAUCAGUGUUCUUUUUUUUUUUAUAUAGAUUAAAUUUUCCUUUGUAACAUUUGUUUUUCAUUGAUAAGUGAUCUUACUUAAAUUCCUCACAAUUACACUUAUUAUAGUAUAUUCUUUGAACUUAUUUACUAUCGGGCCGGCCCUGAAUGUAUAACAAAAAUUACAAUAUUUAAAAACAUGAAUGAAAUUAACAUCGCUAACUUUACAGGUUGUACAUAUAGUCCUUGCAAAACAUUAUAUAAAUUUCCUCUCCUCGAACUGCUUUAACUGUCCACUGUCAUAACUGGGUUACACUAUUUUUGAGUUCGCAAAGAAAAUAAUGGAAUGAAGCGGGUAUUACCCGGGGCUGUAUGUUGACGGUGAUCGAGGUAGUAGGCCUAAAGAUGGUGGAUUCUGGUCAGGAUCCGACUCUAGAUGUUCCGGGAGAGGAUUUUGGUUGCUUCAAACUUGAAACCCUGUCUGAAACAGAAGUCCAAAUUCCAAAGAAUCAGACCUGUUUCCAGACAGUAUACUUAAAUAGCGCAAAAGGCCAAUAGCAAUAGAGGUAAAUUAAAGGGGGGGAAGACGUGAAGACUUACCAAAACAGGGUGUUGGUCCUGGCGCUCAGGAGAGGGCGUCUCGUCUCCGAUUAAAAAUAUAUAUAUAUAUACACACUAAGUUUCUCUACUUUUAACUAAACUACUGACUGGUUACUCUUAAUUUUAGAUAGGAACUUCAUCCCUCUAGUCUGAGAAGACUACAUAAUAUACGAUGCGAUGUCGAUGAAGAUCGCAGUUACAAACGGUACCAGUCAGUUAGGAGGCGCGCACCGAAGUCCCUUCAGAGCGGGAUAUCAUCAGUAUAUAAUAAGCGCAGGAUCUUUAGAGAAUGGGAGGGGGGCUAGGCUCUGAGCUGAAAAUUACCGAGCCCACCCGAAGGUGUUCGGCAUAAAAAAUAUCAGAUCUUACUGGAGUGACUGCGCGACUGAGGCGCUAUCUUUUGGUGGCGAGAAGAAGUACUAAUAAAUCGACUUGUGGCCGACGAGAGUGUCACUGCUUAUGUUUAUGGUUUAGGUUUAUGGGGCCACCAGUGUUGCCACCUAGCGGCCCGAGAUAUAAGGAUGAGAAAGGUUGUCGUUACCUCCGCGCGAGCGCGGUAGUGUUGGCGCUGCCGAUGCCCACAAGUGGCGUUAGUGACCCCAGCCGUCUCUAGAUGUCGUUAAAGUCCAGAAUCGUACCUGCGGCUGUCAAGCCUGAGAUGGCCUUGGAUUCGGUUACCGUUCCCAUGAGUUCACAAGCGGUCAUCGUUCCUGGCUUCACUUCUGAGAAGAAAGGGUGGGGAAGCAGGGAAGGGGGACUGGCUUCAAAAAACGCAUGGUCUGUGGGACGCAAGGCCCACGAGAUCCUGCUGUCGUGUCUUGCUGCUAGUGAACCUUAUACCAAUUCGUGACAGAGUUAGCAGGGCUCAGCACUGCUUCACAAGCUGCUGUAGGAAAAAGUAGUCAUGCGGAGAAAUUAAGUUACCGGCCUCCGACGUGCCUCUAGGCGGGAUAAAUAUUAGCCAGAAUGCUAAGCUAGCAUUAGGCUGGAAAAAAAAUCUGCUCGCCUCUGAGAACAGAGUCUGAGGGCCUGGCCGUAAAGAAAUAAGAAGAGAAAAAAAGAAUAAAUUUACAAAAAUAUAUUUAUGAUAACAAAAUUUUAAAUAAAACGUGCCUAAAUCCCUAAUACACGGCACAAUAUAUGUUGGUGUAUGGUGGGGGGAUAAAAGAAAGGAAAACUUCCCCCACCAGUUAGAUCGGCUAACUGGUGUGUUUUAGUGUCGUGAUGUCGUGAGCUAUUAUAGGCUUGUAAGUGUGAUCUAAGCAAAUGACCUAAUUAAUCUAAGGGUUGGCGUGUAGUGUACAGCUGUACAAGCCGCUCCAAGGAAACUCUUUAGACACACGCAUGUGCAUGCCCCAGUGAAUGAGGCCGACACUCACACAGGUAUGUUAUCGUGUGGUCGUGUUGGUGUAGAGAGAAAUUUACAUAUUAGUAAUGAUUGGCCGCGCUAGGUACGUAAACUACUGCAUUCACAAGCAUCAGUGAAAUAUAGGACGAGCCAAUAUAACAUAGAAGGUUUUCCCUCAGUGGGAAGCUUGUAGUAGACCUGGAACAGAAAAAAGAAAAUAUUUUUGUGAAUUUUUGUAGAAUACUAGGGAAGUUGUUAACUUAUUUAUUUUGUUGUAACUGCCUGCAGCCCACAAACGCUUUAGCCCCCCUUCCACAACCAGGUUCUUGAAACUCUCCUACCUUUAAAUAUUCUUGCCUGAGUCGGGAGUGUUUCCUGAUUGCCUGUAGCUUCACCUCAGUAGGUACUCCUACUCGGAUUGGCCCACAGCUGCAGCCAAUCAGAAACACUCCUCUCUCAGGUGAGAGCAUUUAGGGCCCACGCACACGAGCGACUGUGGCGCGACUGCGUGGCGAGGAGGUAUACGCAGAUAAGCCACCAUUGAAAACGCGCUGAGCCUCGCACACGGGCGAUAGUCGCGCACGUCUGUGGCGGGCUGACGCGGGUCCCCGCGUCUCAGUGGUGCGACAGAGUGGCGCGUACGCAUUCACACGGGCCACUUCCUGUGACGCGACAGACCCGCGCGGACUGUUUUCCAAUGGCUUCUUACGAUUCCGGCCGUUUUAUAAUGGCGAUAGAAUCACGACCAGCAAUUUGGGAUUCAAGAUGUGAUGCAUACAGCAACAAAAUUUUACGAGGAAAGGCUUGGGAAGAAAUGUGUGCAAUUUUUGUUGAAGAUUUUGUUGACAUGGAUGCUGCAAGAAAGAACCAAGCAGGCAUACGUGGAUUAGAUGGCACUCCAUAUGAAUCUGGGAUCUUCCGAAUACAGAUACAAAUCCCGGAAAAGUACCCUCUGGAGCCUCCCCACAUGAAGUUCGUGACUCCGGUCUACCACCCGAACGUGGACGAAGCGGGGCGCAUCUGCAUGGACAUGUUGAAGUGGCCUCCAGAUGGCACCUGGAGUCCGGUCUUCACCCUGUCGAGUGUGCUGCAGUCCAUCCAGGUGCUUCUGGCCACCCCGAACCCUGACGAUCCUCUCAGGGCGAACAUCGCAGAAGAGUAUCGCUACAAUAGAGCAGAAUAUGAGCGAAAGGCGAGGGAGUGGACUAUAAAAUAUGCUGUUCAGAAAGCCACAAACACUACUGAUUGUGACACUGGAAAGUUCAGUGAUGCUGCUGCUGCUCCAAGCACAGAGAAGAGGAAGAGCCUUCCCAGUGAAGACGAAGAUGGACUUAGUGCUGCAAAGCACCUCAAGACUGAAGCAGAUUGUGAUGUUUUGACAUAAUGCUUUCUGUACAUGAAUUUUUGUUUUUAAAUGUGUGGGAAUUGUAAAUAAUAUUCUGCAAUUUUUGAAAAUCCUAAUAA